UCGAAUUCAUUAAACCCUACACGACCUUAGCAAUAGACUUCUCCUCCUGCUCCAUCUUCUUCAAAGCCGCAAAGACACCGUCAAAUCCUCUGGCUCUUCAUCUCUUGAGACAACACCUUCAAGUGUUUCCUCGGAAUGUGUUUCUCCGUUUUGUCUUGAAUCACAACAGUUCUUGUCGAUUUUGUGUAAUGGCAACCGAGAGUGGAAAAAGUUUUGCAAGGAGGGACCGUCUGUUGGAGAUAGAGAAGAAGGUCAGCGGCUGGUGGGAUGAGAAAGAUGUUUUCCGGGCUGAACCUGGUGAAGGGACUCCUAAACCAGGCGAGAAGUUCUUUGGCAACUUCCCAUUUCCGUAUAUGAAUGGGUUCUUGCAUCUUGGACAUGCAUUCUCACUUUCCAAGCUUGAAUUUGCUGCUGCUUUUCACAGAUUGAAUGGGGCUAACGUGCUCCUUCCUUUUGGCUUUCACUGCACCGGUAUGCCUAUUAAGGCCUCAGCAGAUAAGCUUGCAAGGGAGAUCCAAAAGUUCGGCAAUCCACCUGUGUUCCCUAAAGAGGUAGAGUCAGUAGAAUUGCAACCAGAGCCUGAGGAUGCAAAUGCUGGUCAACCACCAGAUAAGUUCAAGGGAAAAAAGUCUAAGGCUGUGGCAAAAUCAGGUGGACAGAUGUUCCAAUGGGAGAUUAUGCGCAGUGUUGGGCUGUCCGACAGUGAGAUAGCAGAGUUCCAGAAACCAGAAAAAUGGUUGACUUACUUUCCACCACUGGCCAUGGAAGAUCUGAAGGAUUUUGGCUUGGGAUGUGAUUGGAGAAGAUCGUUUAUUACAACAGAUAUGAAUCCAUAUUUUGAUUCUUUUGUGCAGUGGCAGAUGAGGAAGUUGAAGGACAUGGGGAAGAUUGUCAAAGAUAAAAGAUACACUGUAUACUCUCCCUUGGAUGACCAGCCAUGCGCAGAUCAUGACAGGGCAAGUGGUGAAGGUGUGCAGCCCCAAGAUUACACUCUUAUAAAGAUGGAAGUGAUGCCUCCUUUCCCGCCUAAAUUCAAAGCAUUAGAGGGAAGAAACGUGUUUCUAGCUGCUGCUACAUUGAGGCCCGAGACAAUGUAUGGACAAACAAAUGCAUGGGUACUGCCUGAGGGCAAGUAUGGAGCUUUUGAAGUGAAUGAUACCGAUGUCUUCAUCCUGACAGAGAGAGCUGCCCUUAACCUCGCCUAUCAAGGCUUCUCAAAGACCCCCAAGCAACCUAGUUGCCUGGUUGAGCUGACUGGUUAUGAUCUGAUUGGUCUACCAUUGAAGUCUCCACUUUCCUUCAACAAGGUCAUUUAUGCGCUUCCCAUGUUGACCAUUCUGACAGACAAAGGUACAGGGAUCGUGACCAGUGUGCCUAGCGAUGCCCCUGAUGAUUACAUGGCAUUGCAGGUUUUGAAAGCGAAACCAGCUUUCAGGGAAAAGUAUGGCGUGAAGGAUGAGUGGGUAGUGCCUUUUGAUAUUAUACCCAUAAUCAAUAUUCCAGAAUAUGGUGAUAAGGCUGCUGAAAAGGUUUGCAUGGACCUGAAAAUUAAGAGCCAAAAUGAGAAAGAGAAGCUUGCUGAAGCUAAGAGGUUGACAUACUUGAAAGGAUUUACUGAUGGAACCAUGCUUGUUGGAGAAUGUGCAGGGAGGAAAGUCCAAGAAGCAAAGUUAUUGAUAAGGACCAAGCUCAUUGAGACAGGUGAGGCAGUUAUGUAUAGCGAGCCUGAGAAGCGUGUCAUGUCAAGGUCUGGUGAUGAAUGUGUUGUGGCUCUAACAGACCAAUGGUACCUCACAUAUGAUGAUCUUGAAUGGAAGAAAUUGGCUGAGGAGUGCUUAUCCCAGAUGAAUCUCUACACUGAUGAGACAAAACAUGGCUUUGAGCAUACUUUGGGCUGGCUAAAUCGGUGGGCUUGCUCACGAUCUUUCGGGCUUGGUACGCGCAUUCCAUGGGAUCCAGAUUUUCUUGUUGAGUCAUUAUCUGACUCCACUAUUUACAUGGCUUAUUACACUGUUGCCCACUUUCUACAUAAUGAGGACAUGUAUGGUUCUAACAAGACCCAUCCUAUUAGACCUGAGGAAAUGACUGACGAUGUCUGGAAUUUUAUCUUCUGUGAUGGUUCAUACCCAAAAUCAUCAAAAAUAGAACCAUCUAUUCUUAAUAAGAUGAAACAGGAGUUUACAUAUUGGUACCCGUUUGAUCUUCGAGUCUCUGGAAAGGACCUCAUUCAGAAUCAUCUGACAUUCUGCAUCUUCAACCACACAGCAAUCAUGGCCAAGCAUCACUGGCCACGCGGAUUCAGAUGUAAUGGACACAUUAUGCUCAAUUCAGAGAAGAUGUCUAAGUCCACAGGAAAUUUCAGGACACUGCGUCAGGCCAUUGAGGAAUUUUCUGCUGAUGCUACUCGGUUCAGUCUAGCUGAUGCUGGAGAUGGUGUGGAUGAUGCUAACUUUGUAUUUGAGACUGCAAAUUCUGCAAUCCUUCGCCUCACUAAAGAGAUUGCAUGGAUUGAAGAGGUUUUAGCUGCAGAGGUAUCCUUGAGAACAGGACCACCAUCUACUUAUGCUGAUCGGGUGUUUGAAAAUGAAAUAAACAUUGCUGUUUUAACGACAAAGAAGAAUUAUGAAAAAUGCAUGUUUAGAGAGGCUCUAAAGACUGGAUGCUAUGAUCUCCAAGCUGCCAGAGAUGAGUACAGGUUAUCUUGUGGAAGUGGGGGCAUGAAUCGUGACUUGGUAUGGCGUUAUAUUGAUGUGCAGACACGGCUUAUCACUCCUAUCUGCCCACACUAUGCUGAACAUGUUUGGAGGGAGCUUCUGAGGAAGGAUGGAUUAGUUGUGAAUGCUGGCUGGCCUACAGCUGAUUUUCCGGAUGAAACUCUUAAGGCUUCCAACAAGUACUUGCAAGAUUCAAUUGUUUUGAUGAGGAAACUUCUUCAAAAGCAAAUCAUGGGUUCAAAGAAAUCCAAUAAGAAGGGAGCUCCUGCUGCAACACUAACUGAAGAGAAGAUUACAGGUUUGAUAUAUGUGAAUGAGCAGUUUGAUGGAUGGAAAGCAGAAUGCUUGAAUAUACUUCAGAGCAAAUUUGACAGAAACACAGGUACUUUUGCACCAGAAGGGGAGAUAUUAGAGGCACUGCAAAAAAGUUCGGUUGGUCAAGAUGCAAACUUUAAGAAAGUGCAAAAGCUUUGUAUGCCUUUCUUGAGGUUCAAAAAGGAAGAGGCUAUUGCUAUUGGGGUUCAAGCCUUGAAUCUGAAGCUUCCGUUCGGUGAGAUUGAGGUUCUUCAGGAGAACUCAGACUUGAUCAAGAGGCAAAUUGGUCUGGAGUUGGUGGAAAUAUUGUCUGCAAAUGACCAUGAUGCUAGAGCCAAAGCUGGUAGUUUUUCCUCUCUGUUGGAUCAAAAUCCUCCUUCUCCUGGACAGCCAACUGCCAUCUUUUUGUUGAGCAACAGGUAGUUACAACGGUGCAUGGAAAUAUGGUUUAGAGGUUUUUCAUUACUUGAUUUCAAAGCUGAUGACUUUCCCAUACAAGUUACUUUGAAGAAGCUCCGGGAUGCAGAGUUCUUUCAAGAAAUUUGCUCCUGGAUUUCAGUUAGUUGUAAAAGGAGGUCUGUUAUUGCAUUAACUGUCUCCUUUUGUUGUCUAAGAUGCUGUGUUCCUCUUGUUGGUUUCUACAAACUAGAUAUAGAUGUUUUGGGAAUUCAGAGAUGGUUUUUCUUCCAUUAUAAGUAUUCUCUACCCUUGUGUUUUCCUGGUAAUGCAUUUUCUCUAUACAAUUAUAAAUAUUGAGUCUGUUAGGUUAUAUUGUAUUUCUGUUCUCAGUAAUUCUCAUUUCAAAUCUAUCUUGAUCAGGAAUUGUGUCACGAACAAACUGCUGAUUGUUUGAUGGAUGAAUUUUGAAAAACUUUUAUUUUUUUA